AUGAUUCCUGUUCUUCUGGUAAUGCUUUCACCUUCUGUGCACAAGAUUGAGAAAUCCUCUUGUUUCCCCAAAACCAGUCCCAGCCUCUCCAGAGAUGGAGACCUGGUGAUUGGGAGCUUUCUCCCUUUAUAUUCAGUAGAAGUGAGCAAUCUCAGAGGAGCAGAACUGUUUCAAAGUCAUCCUGACAAGGGCUGUAGGGAUUACAAGUGGCUGUACAAAAAUUACCAGCAGGUUCUGGCCCUGGUAUUUGCUGUGGAGGAAAUCAACAGGGACCCCAAUCUGUUACCCAAUAUUUCUUCUCUCGGAUUCCAUGUCUACAAUGCCUAUCACAGUGAUGAUAGAACCUUGGAGAGCUCCCUACAGUGGCUCUCUGGCCAGGGACUGCUCAUCCCUAACUACAGAUGCAGGGAGAAGGAUAAUGCCUUGGUCAUUAUUGGAGGAGCCACAUCUUCUCUGUCUGUUCAGAUGGGCACCUUGUUUGAGCUCUACAAGUUCCCGCAGAUCAGCUAUGGGCCUUUUGAUUCAAGCCUGAGUGAGAAAGCCCAGUUUCCUUCUCUCUACCAGGUGGCCCAAAGAGACUCUUCCCUACACCAUGGUAUUGUCCUAUUAAUGGUACAAUUUGAAUGGACGUGGGUUGGUCUGGUGACCACAGAUGAUAUGAGAGGUGAAGAAUUCCUCUGGAACUUAAGAAGGGACAUGGUCAAGCAUGACAUCUGUCUGGCUUAUGCUGAGAAGAUCCCAGUCAGUGAGAGAAGACACACAGAAUCUCAGCAUGAAUUUAUGCCACGUAUCAUAAACUCCUCAGUCAGAGUGAUCAUCAUUCAUGGUGACACAGAUUCACUCAUGAUUCUUAGAUAUUCACAGCCUUAUUAUUUCUUCCUAUCAAAGGUCUGGAUCACCACUUCUCAUUGGGACAUCACCAUGAGACCCCAGUGGGAUGAUGGCUACAGUUUCCAUGGAGCAAUUUCAUUUUCACAGACAACAAAGGAGAUACCUCAUUUUAAGUCCUUUCUCAGAACAGUGAACCCUGCUAAAUACCCAGAGGACAUUUUAUUUACAGAGUUCUGGUGCUCAGCAUUCAUGGGUCAAAAGAAACUUGAAAUUAAGAAGCAAAAUGAGUGCUCACCAAAUGCCUCCUUGGAGGCUCUGCCUUUGUGCUUCUUUGACAUGACCAUGUCUGGUCUAAGUUACACCAUCUACAAUGCUGUGCAUGCUGUGGCCAGGGCCCUUCAUGAAAUGAUGCUCAUCACAUCAGAGAGAGGAUCUAUAAAUGUUGAAGAACACUGGGUACCUCAGCCAUGGCAGCUCCACUCCUUUCUGAAGAACACUCAGUUUAACAACAGUGCUGGUGACCAGGUGUUUUUGGAUGGCACAGGAAAUUCUGAGGCACAUUAUAACAUUCUGAAGUAUUUGUUCUUUCUAAAUAAUACUGAAGUUCUGGUGAAAGUGGGACAGUUUAUCCCCAAUGCUCCAUAUGGCCAAGAUUUCACCAUUUGUGAGGAAGCCAUAGCAUGGGGCUGGAUGGAGUCAAAGGUUCCCCAAGCUGUGUGCAGUGAUAGCUGUGGCCCUGGAUAUAGGAAAACCCCUAGGGAGGGAGAGCCCAUCUGCUGCUUUGACUGUUCUCCAUGCCCAGAACGGGAGAUUUCCAAUCAAAUGAAUAUGAAACACUGUAUGAAGUGUCCUGAAGAUGAGUAUCCCAAUAAGGAGAGAAAUCGCUGCCUCCCCAAAACUGUUACCUUCCUGGAUAUCAAAGAGCCUCUGGGAAUGGCUCUCACCUGUGUGGCUCUUUUCUUCUCUGUGCUGACAGCUCUGAUUCUCGGGGUGUUUGUGAAAUUCCGAAACAGCCCCAUAGUUAAAGCCAAUAACAGGACCCUCAGCUACACUCUCCUCAUCUCCCUCACCUCCUGUUUCCUCUGCUCCCUGCUCUUCAUUGGCCGUCCCACUGCCGCCACCUGCCUCCUCCGACAAACAACCUUUGGGCUUGUCUUCACUGUAGCUGUUUCUUCCAUUUUAGCAAAAACCAUUCUGGUUGUUCUGGCCUUCAAGGUAACAAAACCAGGAAGCAGGAGCAAGAGAUGGCUACAACCUGGAGUGUCCAACUGUGUUGUAGUCCUUUGCUCUGGGAUUCAAGUGAUUCUAUGCAGCAGCUGGCUGGGAAUCUCCCCUCCAUUUCCAGACACAGACAUACAUUCCCACCCCAAUAAAAUCAUCAUUGAAUGUAAUGAGGGUUCUGUUCUUGGUUUCUACAGUGUCUUGGCCUACAUGGGCUUCCUAGCCUUGGGGAGCUUCAUGGUGGCUUUCUUGGCCAGGAGCCUGCCUGACACCUUCAAUGAAGCCAAGUUCAUCACCUUCAGCAUGCUGGUGUUCUGCAGCGUGUGGGUCUCCUUCCUGCCCACCUACCAGAGCACCAAGGGCAAAGCCAUGGUGGUGGUGGAGAUCUUCUCCAUCCUGGCCUCCGGUGCUGGCUUACUGGGCUGCAUCUUUAUUCCCAAGUGUUAUGUGAUCUUGCUGAGGCCAAAUGAGAACACCCAGAAAUGCAUGAGAAAUAAGUCAGAGGACAAGAGGGGAAAGCAUUCUGUGUGA